UCUGACAAGGGUUAAAAAUAUAUUUUUAGCGCCAAAACAGUGACAACUCCUUUCUUAAACAAAAACUAUUUUUAAUUUGUACUUGUGAAAGAAAACUGCAGUAAAUAAAGUGAAAAUAUGAAGUUCGCUAUCCCAGAAAUAUCAUGGCAUAACAGGGACCCCGUACUUAGUGUAGAUUUCCAGCCUAAAGCAGAACCAAGUGAACCAUUACGACUUGCCACUGGAGGAACCGAUUCUCAUGUUUUGAUUUGGUACAUUUCAACAACAGACACGGGAUCUGUGAACCUAGAAGUAGCUGCAGACCUGACGCGUCACCAGAAAGCCGUGAACGUGGUGCGAUGGUCACCGAACGGGCAGUAUUUAGCGUCGGGAGACGAUGAGUCUAUUAUAUUCAUUUGGAAGAAGACUGAUAAGGAACCAACACCUGCCAUGGAGCAGAUGGAAGAACAGUAUAAGGAGUCGUGGGUUAUUCACAAGACAUUACGAGGCCACAUGGAGGAUGUGCUGGACAUAUCCUGGAGUGCCAACUCCCUGCACCUGGCAUCAGGCUCAGUGGACAACAAGCUGCUGAUCUGGGACCUCAACCGUGGACGGUACAGCAGUAUCCUGACAGACCACAAAGGGUUUGUGCAGGGAGUCUCCUGGGACCCUAAGGGACAGAUGAUUGCUACAGCUAGUACUGAUAGAGUUUUCCGAACCUUUGAUGUGACAACGAAGAAGGUGACAUCUCGCAGCAGUAAGGCAAUCCUGCCGUUCCCUGCUGGUCAUAUGCUCCACGACGUCAAAGUGCGCCUAUACCAUGAUGAUACACUGCAGACUUACUACAGGAGACUGCAGUUCAGCCCCGACGGGCUGCUGCUGGCGGUGCCAGCGGGGCGCGUGGAGCCCGAGCAGGGGAAGGUGGACAUCAAGCCCAUCAACGCUGUCUACAUCUACACCAGAUACUCCUUGAAAGUUCCAGCCUGCAUCCUGCCAUGCGGCGAGGCGGCACUAGUGACGCGCUGGUCGCCGCGCCGCUACUCCGCGCGGUCGGGCGGGCCGACACCCGCUUUACCGGCGCCCGCGCGGAUGGUGCUGGCGGUGGGCACUAAACGAUCCGUGUUAUUGUAUGACACGCAACAGAAGACGCCUAUUGCCCUUAUUAAUAAUAUUCAUUAUACUAGGCUGACAGACCUGACCUGGUCUCCAGACGGGCUGACCCUCGUAGCGUCUAGUACUGACGGCUACUGUUCCGUCAUUACCUUCACUGCGGGCGAGCUGGGGGAGGUGCUGCCUGAUGAAGUGGCUCCAGAACCAACCAGUGCAGUCCCAGAACCAAUGGAAGUUGAAGAGCAACCAGCAGAACCAGCAAAGGUAGAAGCUGAGAAACCUAAAGAAGUGAAAGAAUCUAAACCAGUUGGCAAGAUAGAUGCCUUCAUCAAGUUCAAGGCGCCAGAAAAGUCUCCUAAGAAGCAGAAAGUUGAGCCUCAACAGAAGACACCCGUCAAAAUCGAUGUUCUAGAAGAAGUUGCAAUGCCUUCCUGGUCUGAUAACAGCAACAAUGAAAUUAUCAAGCCUAAGGAGACAGAAGCUAGUAAAGAUUCAGAAAUAAUGGUCAUAGAAGACAGUGAGGAUAUCAAAUUAGUUUAUGAAGAAACCCAGGGAGGUAAAUCGGCGUCAACAUCACCAGAUUCGCCGAAAGACACGAAGACUGCUGAGAAAAGUACUAAAGUGAGCCCGCCAAAAACUGCUAAGACUGAAGAAAAACCUAAGGAACCAGUUACUCCUAAAAGUUCUAAUACCAAAGUUGUCAGUCAGCCAGGUACUCCUAAAAGUACACUGAAUGAGAACAACUUCUUCAAGCAAGCUAAGGUGACUGAUGUGAAGGAUCAGGCCGUGAAGUCUGCUCCGAGUCCUAAAGCGCCUAGGCGGGUCAGUUUCGUCACGUUAUCCAGCCCCAAGAAUGCUAAGAAGAAAUAGUAAAUAACAUAUGUAUACGACAUAACAUAAUGUGAUGAAAUUGAUGGAGAGUGUACCUUUACAUGGAUAUUCAAAAGUUUGUGGUGCUGAAUUAUAAACAUCUCCAAUUAAGCCAAACAUGUAAUUUUGAUCAAUUGUUAUUUCAAAAAUAUUAAUCUCCAUUUUUUAAACUAAUUUAAUAUUAUAGGAAUAAAUUGUAAAUGUAAUUUAAGGUUUUAUUUUGUAAAUAAAAGACUUAUGUAAAAGUAAACAUUUAUAAUAAAUAUUUACAAUUCAAUGCAUAGUAUCACAUUCCAAAUAAAAGUGAGUAUAAUAUAACAAAAUAUAUCUGCAUCAAUCAAUGUAUUGAUACUUACCUACUGAUCGUUCGCGCCUCGUAACGUUACGAGUUUGAUCAUCAUUCCAGCAGUUGGUUAAAUUAUUCGCUACGUUCUCUUGCAGUUACGUGUACGCCUAACGAAUAUAAAAAAGGUGAUUGUAAAUAUGUAAAUAAUUUACUACACGCAUAGUAUUACUUAAAACCAGAUUUGAAUAAUUGGUACAAUUUCGUAACGAUGAUAAAAAUAUUCAAGACUUCAAUAAAAUAUUGACAAAUACCAAAGUAUUUACCACAUCUUCCUAUUACAAUAUUAAAAAUCCAAAUAAAAUAUUAUCUUCGUAAUGUACAAGAGAACGCGACAUAGUGGUCAAAUCAUAAGAAACGCAAGACAAAUAGAGACAGACCUACGUGUACUGUUGAAUCAACGUUAUUGCUCUGGCUUCCCACGCUACACUACACGCACCGUUAUAACUAGCCUUGCAUUGUGACGACUCUCUUGGAAAUUUCUAGAACUCUCUCUUUACACUGAUUUAGGGCUAGGGUUAAUUUUGGUAUUAUGAAAGUACAUAAUAUGAGCAAGCUUUUUGUAUUUUUUUUAUUUGUCUAACUAAAUUGGCUAUCUAGAUUUUGUUGGCUUUAUAGAUAGAUAAAAGUCUACUGAAGUAGAUUUUGGCAAUAUUUGGCCCUAAUUGGAUUGCAAUUUUAUGUAUGUACAUUUUAGGUAUGUCCAAGUUAUAUUUUUUCUGAAAUCACAGGCCCGAAU